CUGUCGCUAUUAGAUGUUGCUCGAUUACCAAAUCUAGAAUUUUGAGGGGAUCAGGAAAAAGACACCGUGAAGACAAAGGUUUCUUCUUUUCUGCAGAUAGGACAAAUUUUGUUUUGGGCUUCCUCUUCAGAAGAGAUACGAUCCUCCCUAACUACUUCCACUCCUCUCAGAAUCACACCAAUAAGUGAUGUCUCCAACUCUUCCUUUCUUUUUCUCAGCACUUCUUCUCUUGUGUUCACUUCUGUCAACUUGCUCUUGCACAGACACUCUUACUAGAAACAUCUCCUUGCAUGAUAACCAAGGAGAAACUCUUGUCUCCCUUGGUGAGAAAUUUCAGCUGGGUUUCUUCACUCCUAAUGGAAGCGUAAGACAAGGAACAAGAAGAUAUCUGGGGAUUUGGUACUUCAACUCCAAUCCACCCACAGUUGUAUGGGUUGCCAAUAGGGACAACCCACUUCCUGACACCAAUGGCGUCCUUUCCAUUUCAGAAGAUGGCAAUCUCAACGUAAUGGACAGAAAUGGAAGCUCUCACUGGUCAACAAACCUCGAAACACCCUCCUCCUCGUCUUCUCCAUACCGAAAACUCAAGCUAACCGAUAUAGGAAACCUCGUUUUCUAUGAAGAUGGGUUCUCAGGGAGAGUUAAUGUACUGUGGCAGAGUUUUGACAACCCAACUGACACAUUCCUUCCAGGGAUGAAGAUGAGUGAAGACAUGGCACUAACCUCAUGGAGAAGCUACGAUGACCCGGGUACUGGAAACUUCAGCUUUCAAAUCGAUCAAGAGGUGAAAAACCGGUUUGCUGUGUGGAAGAGAUCAGUGAGGUAUUGGAGCUCCAAUGACCUGCCCCCCACGGUAUCAUUCUUCCUCUCAAACUUCACACUCGAGAAUGUUAGGAACGAUUCUGUGCCACGUAUCACAAUGACACUGUACAACGAUACUAGGCUCGUGAUGAGCUUCUCAGGCCAGGUUCAGUAUCUGAUGGUGAAUAGUGCCAAGACUUGGUCCAUGGUGUGGGGAGAACCGAGGGCUAAAUGUGGCAAGUAUAAUGCCUGUGGGAAUUUCGGUAGCUGUAAUGGAAACAAUGAAUUUGCUUGUAAGUGCCUGCCAGGAUUUCAGCCGGUUUCUUUAGAGUAUUGGAAAUCUGGAGAUUACUCAGGAGGGUGUAGUAGGAAGACGGAGUUGUGCAAGAAUGGUUCGACCGAAGUGUUCUUGAAGUUGGAGAUGAUGAAGGUUGGGAGUCCAGAUUCUCAGUUCAAGGCUGAAGAUGAGAAGGAAUGUAAGAUGGAGUGCCUUGACAAUUGUCAAUGUCAAGCCUACUCCUAUCAGGAAGUGGGAAUCGUUCCAAAGGGCGAAUCUGUAGGAAUUGGUUCCAACUGCAGGAUUUGGUUGCAGGAUCUCACCGAUGUACAAGAGGAGUAUGAUGGUGGCCGCAACUUGAAUGUUCGUGUUUCAGCUUCUGACGUGUGGUUUAAAGAAAGGAGCUGUGAACCUUGCGGCACAAGUAUGAUACCUUAUCCACUUAGCACAGGAGAGAAAUGUGGGGAUCCAAUGUACUCUAACUUCCAUUGCAACAUAACCACAGGACAAGUCAGGUUUCAGGCAGGGGCAAGUUCUUACAGAGUUACGAGGAUCGAUCUAGAAGAUCACAGGUUUGUCAUCCAAACAGACGAUCCAGAGAGUUGCAAGGUUUUGAAGCUCAACCACUCAUCUCCAUUUCAUGUGAUGAGAAUGUGCAAUGCUGAUAUGGGGAACUUGAGUUCUGCGGGAUCAUUCAAAAGUGCAGAUGAAGUGGAGAUAGGUUGGGAACCACCACUUGAGCCAACUUGUUCUACUUCCAUUGACUGCAAGGAUUGGCCGAAUUCAGGCUGUAAUGAGACAAGAGAUGGAAAGAAAAGAUGCCUCUGUGGAACAAACUUUGUAUGGGAUGGCUUAAACUUAAACUGUACUCAAGAAGGGGGCCACAAGAAGCAAACAGAAAACGGUCCCGUGGGGAAGAUUUCGGUUGCUUUGAUAAUCACAUUAUCAUUCAUAAGUUUCUUUGUAUUGAUUAUGCUGGCAAGCAUAGUGAUUUGCUUGUUUCUGCAGAGAAGAAGGCUACCACCCAAGGUAGAAGGAAAAAGAGGAGGUCUUCAUUUGUAUGGAAGCAAGAGGUUUGCGAAGGAGAUAAUCGACUCAGCUCGAUUUGGUGAUGAAGAUACCAAAGCUAUAGAAGUCCCAUUUUUUGAGCUGGAAGCCAUACUAACAGCUACAGAUAACUUCUCAAAUGCAAACAAGCUUGGGCAGGGUGGAUUUGGACCUGUUUACAAGGCCAAGUUUCCAGGAGGAGAAGAAAUAGCAGUCAAGAGGUUAUCAAGAUGUUCAAGUCAGGGCUUGACUGAGUUCAAAAACGAGGUUAUCUUGAUUGCAAAACUUCAGCACAGGAACCUAGUAAAGCUAUUGGGCUACUGUGUUGAAGGAGAUGAAAAGAUUCUGCUUUAUGAAUACAUGCCAAAUAAAAGCCUGGACUCCUUCAUAUUUGGUAAACAGCCGAGGUCUGUUUUGGACUGGGAGAGAAGGUACAACAUUAUACUUGGGAUAGCAAGAGGGCUUCUUUACCUUCACCAGGACUCUAGAUUAAGGAUAAUCCACAGAGAUCUGAAGACCAGCAACAUUCUUUUGGAUGAGGAGAUGAACCCUAAGAUUUCUGACUUUGGGUUGGCUAGGAUUUUUGGUGGCAAAGAGACUGCUGCAAAUACUAACAGGGUGGUUGGCACAUACGGCUACAUUGCUCCUGAAUAUGCAAUGGAUGGUUUGUUUUCGUUCAAAUCGGAUGUCUUCAGCUUUGGAGUGGUGGUGCUGGAGAUUAUCAGUGGGAAAAGGAACACUGGUUUCUAUCAGCCUGAACAGUCCUUGAGCCUAUUAGGCCAUGCAUGGAAUCUGUGGAAAGAAGACAAGGCACUGCAUCUGCUGGACAAGUCACUAAACAGAAGCUGCAACAGAACAAAUGAGGCUGUGAUCAAGUGCAUAAACAUUGGCCUGCUAUGUGUGCAGGAAGACCCAGGUGACCGUCCCACAGUGUCCAAUGUACUUUCCAUGCUCGGAAGCAGCGAAACGACUUCGCUUCAGAACCCUAAACAGCCUGCUUUUGUAGUGAGGAGAGGCUCUUCAAGCAGGGGUUCCUCUUCUAGUAAACCGGGGACUUGCUCCAACAAUGCUCUCACUGUCACUCUGGAAGAGGGAAGAUAGUGACACAUUUUACAAGCUGAGAGUUGCUGUUAAUUAGUCAAUCAAUUAAUGGGUUCUUGAAAU